AUCCCCCCAGAUGAAGCACUCUGCACGCCCACACAAGUAUGCAGGACGUCUUAAAGUUUCUCUGCAAAUUGCCGUUGUACGAAAGCGUCCAACCCUACGACCUUUAUGGCUACCCUGAACAACAAGCGGAGACGCAAUCUAAUUGCCAAUUCGAAGCCAAGCCGGUGUCCACUCGCGACAUCAGAGAGCUUGGAAAUACAACAAUCGAGACGCACGGUUUCACAUACUUUCACCAUGAGUCGAAAUGCGAUCUCAACUCCAAACACUUCGAGGAAGUGAAAGCGGAUAAAACCGUCGUUCAAGAAUACCUCUAUGAAACCAUUGACAUGGUUCGCAAAAAGCUAGAUGCGGUAGAUGUGAUCUGUUUUGACUGGAGGUUUCGGCGCCGAGAUCCAAAAGUCGCUGGGAAGAUACCCCCCCGAGAUAUAAACAACAUUCGAAGCUGGGCACUUCCCAGUGGCGAUGUCACACACUGCGACUACUCUGCCGUGGGUGGCCAAGAUCGACUGCGAAUGAUUCUUCUCCCUGAAGAGCUUGAGAAGAUGCAUACGAACAACCACUUUGCUUCAAUUUAUAAUGUUUGGCGUCCUCUGAACAAGGUCGUGAAGAACACUCCGUUACUCUUCUGCGACAAACGGACGAUCCAGAAAACAGAUCUGAUUGAGGUCGAUAAAGUGUUGCAAGAUAAGGUAGAGAAGUCCUACUUUCUGUUCCACCGGGACUAUCAUAAGUGGUAUUACCUUGCAAAUCAGCGGUCCGAUGAAGUUUUCCUCUUCCCAACCUGGACAUCUAAGUCUGACGGGGGAGAGCAUGCUGACUGCAGUCCUCACGGUGCUGGCGCCUCCCAGACGGAUCAAUGGAAAGACCCCAGGGAAAGCGUUGAGGUUCGCAUGAUUGUGAUACAAAGUAAUAGUCACGCGGAAUAGUCUGUAUCAACUUUGCAUUUCUUAGGUAGAGUAAAUUGCACGUUGAAUAAGAUUGCUCUUUUAGCACUUAUGGGCAAGCCUUUCCUUCAAACGUACUCAAGAAUCGAAUCAAUGCUAGAUAAAAUGACCG